AUUUUCCACUCGCGAUGGUAUCGCUCCGGCCCCCCCGAACCGGAGGAGACAAAGUUCACGGAGAGGAGCUUAUAAGGAGGACCCGUUUUUGGGGGAGACGCUCACGUCCCAGUCUCGACACCAGAGGACAAAGAGGGACUUUUUCUUUGGCUUUUUUGUUUGAAUUGAAUCCAAAUAGCGAAUUUGUGAAUCCCACAGCGGCGGCAGCAGAAUGGCCCAGAAGGAGAAGCUCCAGUGCCUGAAGGACUUCCACAAGGACACGCUGAAGCCGUCUCCCGGCAAGAGUCCCGGCACCCGUCCCGAAGACGAGGCCGAGGGCAAACACCCGCAGCGAGAGAAGUGGGCCAGCAAGCUGGACUUUGUUCUGUCGGUGGCCGGAGGAUUUGUGGGUUUAGGGAACGUCUGGCGCUUCCCGUACCUCUGCUACAAGAACGGCGGAGGUGCUUUCCUCAUCCCCUACUUCAUCUUCCUGUUCGGCGGAGGCCUCCCGGUCUUCUUCCUGGAGGUGGCGCUGGGCCAGUUCACCUCCGAGGGUGGCAUCACCUGCUGGGGCAAGCUGUGCCCCAUCUUCACAGGAAUCGGCUACGCCUCCAUCGUCAUCGUGUCCCUGCUGAACAUCUACUACAUUGUCAUCCUGGCCUGGGGGCUCUACUACCUUUUCCAGUGUUUCCAGCCCGAGCUGCCGUGGGCCAAGUGCAACCAGCCCUGGAACACGGAUCGCUGCAUCGAGGACACCUACCGCAAGAACAAAAGCCUCUGGCUGCCUUCCAACUUCUCCAACUUCACCUCCCCUGUCACAGAGUUCUGGGAACGCAAAGUGUUGGGCAUCAGCAGUGGCAUUGAGGACAUGGGCCCCAUCAAGUGGGACCUGGCUCUGUGUCUCCUGCUGGUCUGGGUCAUCUGCUUCUUCUGCAUCUGGAAGGGCGUCAAGUCCACCGGGAAGGUGGUCUACAUCACGGCCACGUUCCCGUUCGUCAUGCUCAUCGUCCUGUUGAUUCGCGGCGUCACCUUGCCCGGUGCCACCGAGGGCAUCAGGUUCUACCUGUACCCCGACCUCGCCCGCCUCAAGGACCCAGAGGUGUGGAUCGACGCCGGCACCCAAAUCUUCUUCUCCUACGCCAUCUGUUUGGGCGCCAUGACGUCCCUGGGCAGUUACAACAAGUACAAAUACAACUGCUACAGGGACUGUUUGCUGCUGGGAGCCCUCAACAGUGGUACCAGUUUUGUGUCUGGCUUCGCAAUCUUUUCCGUCCUGGGCUUUAUGGCACAAGAGCAAGGGGUGGACAUUGCAGAUGUGGCCGAAUCAGGUCCCGGCUUGGCCUUCAUCGCCUACCCCAAAGCCGUAACCAUGAUGCCUUUCCCCACACUCUGGGCCAUCCUCUUCUUCAUCAUGCUCCUGCUGCUUGGCCUCGACAGUCAGUUUGUGGAGGUGGAAGGGCAGAUCACAUCACUGGUGGAUCUGUAUCCGUCCUUCCUACGGAAGGGUUACCGCAGAGAGGUCUUCAUCGCUAUCAUAUGCUGCAUCAGCUACCUGCUGGGACUCACCAUGGUUACCAAGGGUGGCAUGUAUGUGUUCCAGCUGUUUGACUACUAUGCAGCGAGCGGUGUGUGCCUUCUGUGGGUGGCAUUCUUUGAAUGUGUAGCUGUUGCCUGGGUUUACGGUGUCGAUAACUUCUACGAUGCUGUGGAGGACAUGAUCGGCUACAGACCGAACCCUUGGAUGAAGUGGAGCUGGUCUGUCAUCACUCCCUGCUUGUGCGUGAGCUGCUUUAUUUUCUCUCUGGUCAAAUACAAGCCGCUGACGUACAACAAAGUGUACGAGUAUCCCGACUGGGCCGUCGGAGUGGGCUGGACUUUGGCCUUGACGUCCAUGAUCUGCAUCCCCAUGGUGGUGGUCAUCAAGAUCAUUCGCUCCGACGGGCCGCUCAUUGAGAGGAUCAAGGCGGUGGCCGCCCCGGUUCGCGGCGGCGCCAGUUCCCGCCCGGCGGACCACCGCGGCCCCAGGGACCCGGCCUACCCCGUGGACCCCAACGGGAACAAGGGACUGCUGAUGAAGGGUCCCAGCCACACCAUCGUAGAAACCAUGAUGUAAAAAAAAAAAAAAAAAAGAUAGCGGGGUGGAAAGCUCUCCAUGAGAUCGCGCCCCUCUCCCGCCAGCCUCCCCGAUGCUUCCCCUCAAGCUAACGCUAACUAGCCGCCUUCUGUUUCGCCGUCUGUCCGUCCGUCCGUCCGUCUGUCCGUUUCACUCUCUGGUGGAAUGAGAAAAAAAAAGGGUUUAUGGAAGAAGAAAAAAAAAAAAAAAGUAGUCUCAAAUCUUUUCGGAAUACUUUACGAAGGAAGUUUCUUUUUCUUCUUCUGGACAAGAAGGUGACCAUGGAGUCCUGGAAUUAAAAGGUCAAAGUUGGACUGAAUCCCAAAAAGAAAAGCCAAUUACGGCAGGAAUGUUUACGGCACGCUAAGUGUUUGAAGUCCCAGCCCCUCGCCCGGUGCUCCCGAGCCCCCCAACUACAAUCAUCCAAAACCAAAGUCCGAUUUUGUGCACUUCUGAGCACCGUUGCCGAGAACCGGAACAAACCGCAAACCACCAGACAAAAUUUGGCGGAAAAUGUCUCCGGGACCCGAUCCCUAAAACGAACACAGCGUUUUGGUUAAAAGCGGGAAUUUUCCGACCAAUUCCGACAGUACAACUGAUGGUUUGACCGACUCCUCGCGGGGAAUUUGGACAAAUCGGAAUCAGGGGCGACUUGACACGUGUGCUGCGAUUGAUGCGUGAAAAUGUCUCAAGAACUCUUGUCAUACCCAAAAUGGAAAAUCAGUCAAAUUAUUAUGAAAUAGUUAUUUAUUUAUUAUACAGCUCAUUCUUGCACCGACUCCUCCCCGGGAAUUCAACCAAACGGGACCAAAUUGGAAUCCGGGAUACUCGACCCACAGGCCGUACGUAAUUAGUUGCGAAUAACGUUAGCGCGCGCCGCAGGAUGCGGGCGCCGCCUUUGAUGAAUGGCCAAGGCUUUGGAUAGAAGUGGCAAUUAUUUUUGGCAAUCUGACAAUUAAACCGAUUCUGCUGGGAAAUUCAGACAAAUUGGAAUCAAGGCUAUUUGACACAUGGGCUCCGAUUCAUUGUAAAGAAAUGUUGCCCACACCGCUGGCCUUUGCUGAUUUGCCACGGCUUAAGUUAGAAGUGGCAAUUAUUUUGGCCGAUUCCAAAAAUCGUACUGAAACCGAUUCCUCGCGGGAAAAUGAGCCAAAUCGGAAACAGGGAUAUUUGACACAUCAGCAAACUGCACUUGAAUUUAUCUUUUUUUUUUUUUUUUUAUAAAUCCUUCCAAAGAUAUUAUUGUGGACCAAAAUUUGGGACAUUUCAAUGUAUUGAUGAUGUCAUCGAAACAAUUUGAAGGUUUCCAGUCAGGGUGGGCAGAAGUGUCAUUAAUUGGCUCGUGGCGUAUUCAAUAAUAAAACGAAACAAGUAUCAUAGCAACAAACGUUUGGACAACCGUGGUGUAUCAAACCAAAUCUGUUUUCGCUGCACUUGGCAACCUUUUUUUUCCUUUUUUUCUUUUUAUAUGUGACAAAUCAAAGCUGUGAAAAGCCCCCCCCCCCCCCCAAAAAAAAAAACAAAACAAAAAAAAAAAAAACUAUUUAUGCGAAAAAUGCGCUGAAUGUGUACUUAUGACAACUCCAAACCAGGAUUCUGGUUGUGAAACGCACCUUAAACGCAUGACAUGACGAAGCCCGAGAGGACUGGACCACUUGAACCCUUUAAACGUUUGUGGUGUCUUUGCCGUUGUGUUCCGCGCCCGCUGAUGCGUCUCGUUAUCUAAGCUCGAUAUCUCGCUGUUCUAGACCCGCUCCGGCCUCUGUUGGUUUUUCCCGCGCCGAGAAACUUUCAUUCGUAUUCUGAUCAUUCUAAUUAUAAUUAGUCCCUCCUCUGUCUAUGUACUCUUAGGUCUGUCGUGUUCUCGUAUUUGCUGUGGAUGAGUAGUUUCACAUAGACGAACGACCCCGCUGCUAUACAAAGGGCGAGGACAAAAGUAUUGGGACGCUGUCGCGAGGCGGACUUUACACUGGGCGCAAGCGUGUGAGUCACCGGGCUGUUUCCAUGGCAACUUGCAUCACCCGCCGCGGAAAGAACAGCGAAGAGCAAACGUAAUACUGGAAAAAUAUGGGCAUGUUGACAUAAGGUUAGGGAUGAAAGUGUGGUAACUUGGACAAAAGUCAUCGGUUGAGAAGAUAACAAAAAUAUGGGAUAUUUGGACAAAAGUAUUGGGACAGAAAAGGGGGAAUGUGGGACUUUGAACAAAUGUCUUGGGACAAAACCAUGAAGAAAAUGUGGGAAUCUUGACCAUAUACUGGGACACAAAGGUGGAAAAUUGGGGAAUUUGGACAAAAGUACAGGGACAAAAAGUGAGGAAAUUGUGGGAAUUUGGACACAAGUAUCAGUACAAGCAAAAAAGUAGUAAAACGUUUUUGUUUUUUUUUACACUUUUCAUAUGAAGGCAUCAUAAUUAUGGAACCUAGUUGAAUUCCCAUUCUUAUUUCAUUGAAUUUCUGCUCUGUAUUUCCUGUCCGUGCAGUAUUAACCACAGCACCAUCUGCUGGAUGUGGUGGGGCACCGCCCGACUUGCCCCAAAUGUAAAACCCCCUCGAGGCAUCGCAAUACUUUUGUCCACAAAGUCGCCAUUUUUUUUUUUUUUUUUUUUUUUUACCGCACCAUCUUGAAAAUUAUCCAUCCCAUCCUUCGCACGCACACAUGCUAGCGUCACGCUAACAUCAUGCCUAACAUUAACAAACAACAUAUCAAUCUUGAAAAAUUCUGAAUUUCCUUCAACAGAAAUUGAGCUCGUCACUAUGAAAUAAAAUAAAUGCAUAAAUAUAUUAAUAAUAAAGUAUUAACUUUUUUCCUUAAAUAAAUGAUUCAUAUUUUUCCUUAAAUAAAUAGUUCAUAUCAACGUUUUUCCAUCUAAUGGGUCACAUCGUGAACAUGUUCUCCCCAACAGCCCAUCACAUUUUCUCUCCUCCAAAAAAUGAUUCACAUUUAUUUUUCCCCAAAUAAAUAGUUCAUAUCAGUGUUUUCACCUCAAACAAAUUAGUCAUAACGUUUUCCGCAGAUUAAUAGCUCAUAUCAUUUUCUCCCUAAAUAAAUAGCUCAUUCUGUUUUUCCCCUCAAAUAAAGUUGAUUUAGCAUAGUCCUCGCAAAUAAAUAGAACACGUCAUUAUUUUUCUUAAAUAAAAAGUUGUCAUGUUUGCUCCUCGAAUAAUCCUUUUUCACUUCCAAUCGUUUUUUCCUCAAAUAAGUACUACAUAUCAAGAAUUCUUUUUCUUGAAUUGUGAUCGUAAAAAAUGAGUCCAUCGUGAACUUUUCUCUUCAGAUAAAUAGUUCAUAUUUUUGUGCCUCAAAUAAAUAGUUCAUACUUUUCUUCUCAAAUGAAUUAUGUUUCGCCUACUUUCCACAAAUGCUUUUUUCCUUCAAAUGCUUCAUAUCACAUGAAACUUUUUCAUCAAAUAAAUAGCGCAUGUUAUUGCUUUCCUCCCCAGAGAUACAGCAGCUGAUGUCAUUUAGUCUUUAUCCUCAAACGAAAAGUUCCAAUCUUAUUUUUUCCUCGAAUAAAGGGUUCAUUUUAUGACGCGAUUUUCCUCAAACAAACACGUGGCAUCCGUCACGGGCGUUUGCUUUAUUCCGUUGCCUCUUUAUAAAAAGUGCUGAAAAUGUCACAUUCCCGCCAUUUAGGCAAAUCUAAAUCGCUAGCGUCGCUAACAACCAAACGUCAAAGCUAGAAAUGAUAUUCGCACAUUUUGGUGCCGACAUCUUUACCAAUUGCUCUUUUUGUUCCUCGUUUGUUUGUUUUUUUGAUGUUCCGACACCCGGCCACUCAAUCGCGUGCAAUAACUACCGCAGUUUUCCAAAGUGUUUCGAUAAAAGUGUUUUGACGAGCUGCAGUAUUCCCGCCGUUUGGAUUGACUCAGUGCUGCCGCCUAGCAGGCCGUUUCCAUUCAUCGGUUUCACUCCGCCUUCGCAGCUAAAGCACAUUUGCACUGCUCAUCAUCAUCCUCUUCAUCAUCAUCAUCGUCGCCCUUUUCAUCCUCUUCCCACUCACGGUAUCCAUGGCGACGCCCGUCACGAGAACGUGACAAAACGGUUUUAAACGAGUAUUUCAAAGGUUUCAUUAUCUUUUCUUUUGUCUUUUCUUCCAAGUCAUCUGUCAGCUUGAAAAAAUGUUGAUCAGGUUUAAUAAAAAUAAAAAAGAAAAAAAAUGUGUAAACGUUGUUUUUUGUUGUUACUUGAUUAAAAAGAAAUAUCCCA